AAGGGAGUAUCAGGGAUAUGGUGGGGACGGAAUUAUCCUAUACGAGGUUGAGAGUAUGAGCUGCGGAUCAUAAAUGCACGACGGGCAGUUUCGAUAUAGAACUUGGGGCGCCCUUAGCGAAGGUUACAUACAGAACCGUUGGUGUUUGACAGUUUUUACAAGCUGUCGAAGAAGAAAUUAUCGAUAGACGUAUAGAAAGGCAGAAACCAACACAGGUUUUUUCGUGUCUGAUGAGCUCCUCCGUCGCACCGCUGGUGGUAAGAUGGCUGUGCAGUUGGAUGGAGGAGGGAAGGAGGACUUGAAAACACAGUUUGUCACGCGGGAAGGAACCUAUAAACUAAUGACUUUGUCGGAGUAUUCAAGGCCAAAUAGGGUCGGUUACACGAAUGGUCAAGGAAGUGCAUCCGUUAGGGUGUCUUUCGUAACUUUACCGGAUCCAGCGGAUCCUACGGGUACACAAGGACUUGGUGACCGAAUGUGUUUCAAUUUUGGCAAGGAGCUUUAUGUUUAUGUCUAUCGAGGAGUUAAAAAGGCUGUGGACUUAAAUAAACCAGUGGACAAGAAGUUAUAUAAAGGAACUAAUCCAACAUGCCAUAAUUUUAAUCAAACAACAGCAACUGCAGAUAGUGCGCCGCUAUUAGUUGGUUUUUCUACAGGUCAAAUUCAACUGAUAGAUCCAAUACAGAAAGAACUCAGCAAAUUAUAUAAUGAAGAUAGAUUGAUUGACAAAAGCAAAGUAACAUGUAUAAAAUGGGUUCCUGGAUCAAACAAUCUCUUCUUGGUAUCGCACAGUUCUGGGCAACUAUAUUUAUAUAAUGAAGAACUUUUAUGUGGAACCACAGCCCCUAACUAUCAGUCUUUUAAAUCAGGGGAUGGUUAUGCCAUAUAUACUUGUAAAACAAAAUCCACAAGAAACCCAUUAUAUAGAUGGGUAAUAGGUGCAGAAGGAUGUUGUAUAAAUGAAUUUGCCUUUAGCCCAUGUGGCUCAAACUUAGCAGUUGUUUCCCAAGAUGGAUUCUUGCGAGUAUUUCAAUAUAAUACAAUGGAGUUAGUGGGUUCAGCUAGAAGUUAUUUUGGUGGAUUUUUAUGUGUAUGUUGGUCUCCAGAUGGAAGAUAUGUUGUUGUGGGCGGUGAAGAUGAUCUUGUGACAAUUUGGAGCUUUCAUGAAAAAAGAGUGGUGGCUCGGGGUCAAGGUCAUCAUAGCUGGGUAAGCGUAGUAGCUUUUGAUCCUUAUACUACAUCUUAUGAAGAUCAUGACCCAGACUUCAGUGGUUCAGAUGAUGAAACAUUACCACAUAAUAAUCAUAAUCAUUAUCAUGAGAAGGCCAACCGUUUGUCUACAACAUCGCAAGGAAUUCAUUCAAACAGAAACUCUUGUGGUUCAGAAUUAAGAGUGUCAGGUGGUACAUGCUACAGGUUAGGUAGUGUGUCGCAAGAUACACAGUUGUGUUUGUGGGAUAUUACAGAAGAUGUGUUGAGACAACCAAUGUGUGCAAAACAAAGGCCAUCUACAGCAGGUUCUAGUACUCUUCCUACAUCAACAGUCAACAGUGGGAAUGGUUCAACAACGAAUCAUCAUUUGAACAAUUCUAAACAUAAUAAUUUGAAUAAUGUUAAUUACAAAGAAAACGCGAGUGGUAAUAAUGAUAGUAGUAAUAAUAGCAUGAGUACAAAUACAGCAGUGUCAACUGUAAAUUCCUUGACACAAAGGUUAGCAGGCCUUGGUUUUGGUGAUCGUAAGGGUGAUAAUCAUAAAAGGAACUUCAGCCUCACUAUGAGAGGUAGUGGUGCAUCUAAUAGCACAAUAAUACAGAACAGUAGUGGUGAUAAAGCUACUACUAACUUAAAUGCAAAUAGUAAUUUGAACAGUGUCAGUGGAAGUUUAGUAGGUGCAAAUAAAAAGGUUAGUUCUGUGAUGGACGAUCCUAUGAGGUUGAUAGGGACUGCCUGGUGCCCUAGGUUUGAUGAGUGCCCAGUGCUAGAACCACUAGUGUGCAAGAAGUUGGCACACGAGAGAUUGACUGAAUUAGUGUUUAGGGAAGAUUGCUUCGUAACAGCAUGUCAAGAUGGAUAUGUCUACACAUGGGCAAGGCCUGGUCACAUGAUUAAUGUUCUGUACCAUGCUUUGGCUGAUGCAAGAGAAUCAUGGAUGAGUCUUCCCAGAGUUUAUCGCAUGGCAGGAAUAGGACAGGUUGGAAAUGCUCUCCACGUGAUCAGUCCUACGGAAGGUGGAGGCACCAUAGUAUAGCCAGAACCAGAUAUUAACACAUCUUCAAAGCACGAAGAAAAAUACGUCCCACUAAUGCAUACGUUGCAAU